AUCAAAAAGAGAUACGAUGAAACUUGAACAUUUCUUUCCAUUAUAUAGGGCGAAACUUUAUAUGAUGUAUUCAACUUUGUUUGGGCCAAUGAUCAAACUGUUUUUUAUACAAUGGCCAAUGCGCAGUUAUGUCCUUGCAAGGUAUUUGCCCAUAGAAUUGGAACGGAACAAUCAGAGGAUAUUUUGGUUUAUGAAGAAACAGAUAGUACUGCGUUUGUUGAUAUUACUAGCACAAAGGAUUCGAAAUAUAUCACGAUCAACAGUAAUUCACUAUCAUCAUCAGAAAUCCGUGUACUGGAUGCUUCUUUUGUUCCUGGUACCCAUCGACUUGAACUGUCACUUAUUGAACCAAGACAACCUGGAUUAGAGUAUUAUGUCGAUCAUCACAAUAAUGAUUUUUACAUUUUGACCAAUGCAGAUGGAUCUACCAAUUUCAAACUAGUCAAGACACCUGAUAUAGCUACAAGUCGUGCGAAUUGGAAGGAUGUCAUUACGAUGAAACCAACUGAGAAGAUAGAGGAUGUUGAUUUAUUUCAGAAUCAUGUUGUUAUUUAUGGUCGGCAAGAUGGAUUACCUAUUAUCUUAUGUCAUGAUGUAAAUAGUCAAGAAACACAUCAAGUACCUUUACCUAUGGAUUUUUGUGUGACUACACCUGGUUCUAAUUUGGAAUUUGAUACUGAUACAUUCCGAUUCUCUAUCACUUCACCUUUUAUGCAUGAAUCCACCUAUGAAUAUGACAUGACCCAACGGAAAUUGAAACCUAUUCGUGUACAACCUAUUCGACGAUUCAAUAAAGAAAAAUAUAUCUGUAGUCAAAUCCAUGUUACUUCUCAUGAUAACAAGUCCAUUCCAGUCACGUUGAUUCAUCAAAAAGGAUUAAAAAAGAAUGGAAGAAAUCCUGUCUUGAUGCGAUCAUAUGGUGCAUAUGGAGUUACGACAGAUCCUGAAUUUAGAAUAGAGCAUUUCCCUCUUUUGGAACGUGGUUGGGUCAUUGCAUUGGCACAUGUCCGUGGAGGCAGCGAACUUGGUCGUGAUUGGUAUGAAGAUGGCAAAUUGGAUAAAAAGAUCAACAGUUUCAAGGACUUUAUCUCAGUAGCCAAAUAUAUGGUGGACAACAAGAUUUCGUCACGGGAACUGAUGGCGGCAAUGGGCACUAGUGCUGGCGGAUUACUUGUGGGGGGGAUGGCACAUAUGGCGCCUGAUCUCUUCAAGGCAUUGGUUCUACGCGUUCCAUUUGUAGAUCCAUUAUCAUCCAUGUUGAAUCCUGAUUUACCAUUGACACAAGUAGAAUAUCCAGAAUGGGGCAAUCCUUUAGAAGACGUCAAAGCAUAUGAUACCAUCCUCCAUUAUGCACCUUAUGACAACGUGGUGAUGAAUGAGCACGGACCAUCGAUUUACGCCACAGCAGGAAUGAAGGAUCAGCGUGUGAUGUAUUGGCAACCUUUGAAAUUCAUGGCUCGUCUACGCGAUGUAUUUGGACAACGUCAAGAAAAAAACAAGAGGGCAUUCUUACUCAAGGUGGAUUUGGAUCGAGGUCAUUUUGGUGGACACAAUGAACAAGAUACCAGAUUAUCCGAAACGGCUGAACAAGUUACCUUUUUGAUUACCCAAGUUCAAACUUCCUAGUGUUAGAUGAUAGACAAUUUUUUUUUGAAAUAAAAGUUUUAUUUCCGGAAGUGCUUUUCAUUGUCUUUUCUUAUCAUACCACUCUGAC